GGCAGGAAAAGCAUUUAAAACCUUUCUCCCUUUAUUUGAUCGUGUCCUUGUUGAGCGUCUUUGUGUCAAGAAACUGUCACCAAAGGAGGAAUUAUGCUUCCUGAAAAAGCUCAAGGCAAAGUUUUGCAAGCAACAGUAGUAGCAGUUGGAGAAGGCUCUAGGGGGCAGCGUGGGGAAGUUUAUCCAGUCAGUGUAGCUGUUGGUGAAAAAGUAUUACUUCCUGAAUAUGGUGGCACCAAAGUUGUGCUAGAUGAUAAAGAAUACUACUUGUUCAGAGAUGGUGACAUUUUGGGAAAAUAUAUGAAAUAA